UUCGCUGAGAGUCGCCGUGGUUUCCUGCUCCAACAGUGCUUGAACGGAACCCGGCGCUCCACCCCCAUUCCAUCCAGCUUCCCAGAUCCAUCCUUCUGCCACCUGCUUACAGCGCCCUCGGACCGCCCAAAGGUCUCCGCCACCGAUCCAGCCCCGCGAAGCCGCCUGUCCUCAGCCGCCCAUCAUGACCACGUCCACCUCGCAGGUGCGCUAGAACUAGCACCGGGACUCGGAGGCCGCCAUCAACUGCCAGAUCAACCUGGAGCUCUACGCUUCCUACUCUACCAUGUCUUACUACUUUGACCGUAAUGAUGUGGUUUUGAAGAACUUUGCCAAGUAUAUUCUUCACCAAUCUCAUGAGGAGAGGGAACAUGCCGAGAAACUGAUGAAGCUGCAGAACCAACGAGGUGGCCGAAUCUUUCGUCAGGAUAUCAAGAAACCGGAACGUGAUGACUGGGAGAAUGGUCUGAAUGCAAUGGAAUGUGCAUUGCACUUGGAAAAAAGUGUGAAUCAGUCACUGCUGGACUUGCACAAACUGGCUGCUGAAAAAAAUGACCCUCAUUUGUGUGACUUCAUUGAGACGCACUACCUGGAUGAGCGGGUGAAAUCCAUCAAAGAACUGGGUGACCAUGUAACCAACUUGCGCAGGUUGGGAGCCCCUGCCGCUGGCCUGGCAGAGGAUCUCUUUGACAAGCACACUCUGGGAGACAGUACAGAGAGCUAAGCCUUAGGCUGCCUUCCCACAGCUACGGGAGUGACUUCCCCGGACACCAAAGCAGUAUGUGCAUGUUCGAGUUACCUUUACCUUUUCUAUAACUUGUACCAAUCAUCCACUUAUGUCCUUCAUUUGUACCAUUCCUUCAAAUAAAGUAAUUUGGUACCCAGAAAAAAAAAAAAAAGA